AUGUCAAGACAAAGACGUGAAAGACGGGAGAUGGAAACCGAGGAGUUUCAUGAGGCGAGGUCGCAUCCGCCACACAUGCUUCAGAUGACGGCUGAAUUAGUGGCUAAUUUUAGUGGUGAAGACGAUGCCUACUCCAUUGAAAAAUGGAUAGAUGAAGUGGAAAACGAAUAUGGAUCGGCAGUUAAAGUAUGUAAUCGCACAUGUUCGGGUAACUCUGACAACAAAAUGACAAAACAUGUCAUGUUCACAGCUUCUCAAGGAGAUGAGAUUACAGUUUUAAAAUGUCCUAGUACAUUAAACGAAAAAUUGAAAAAUCGAAAUAAAAUAUUAGCAAAAACCUACGCCGUUAACAACUUAAAGGAGAAAAAUGUUGAAUACAAGAGUGACAUAUCUGUCAGUAGUGAGAUAAUGCCAGUUAAAGUAAAUAAACAAAUAAUUUCACAAAAGCCAAUGAUUAAAAGAACUUUAAAAAAAAAUAAGAAAACAAGAAGCCUCAAAAGAAUAGAGAUUGGCACUGGGCAUAAAGUAAAACCAAGAUGUGUCGGCCCUUAUGAAAUAAUCAAAUUAAAAGAUAAUAAUCGAUAUGAUGCACAAAAUAAAGACGCUAACAUAUAUGGAUCUAUGGUGGAGGCUUCAACAGUGUCUCUUCAAAUAAAAAAGUGGCCUAUUCAAAACAGG